CACUUUUCCCAGAAAAUUAUGUUAAUUAAAAUUACAGUAAAACCCUCCCCUCUCCGCGUUGAAAGAAAGACUGGAAACAGCGCAAAAACGCUGUAUUGGAUUCGUAAUUCCAAGCAAACGGACUCAUGAUUUCAGGGUUGUAGCUUGGGGUGCAAGCUACAGCGGGUCCACUGUCAUUUACUAGGCUCAGUUUUCCAGGCUCUGAACCUCCGCGAGUAAUAGAACAAGAGAUGUUUAUAGAUUGAAUUGAGUAAAAAUGUUUUGAAUUCCAAAAUAAGAGUGUUGAUGUUUUUUAUUCCCUAAAUUUCUGCCAAGUUUGCAUUAUAAGGCUUCAAACAUGACAAUUUUUCCUAAAUUACUGAUGUUCCAGAGCCCGGUUUUCCCCCUAUAAACACAUGGCCUCUCUCAGUCUCUCACUCGAUUUCUUAGCUAAGUGGAGAACCGAAACUUAUCUGCAGAGAGGGUGAAAGACCUUCUCUUUGAGUACAAAUGGCUUUGACUCCAACUACUAAUUAAUGAAGACGGAGACUCUUGGGUGUUUUUUAGGAACUCAGAUUGAAUAAAAAAGAAAUCUUUAUUCUUCUUGAAUGCUUUAUGUAUGGGAAGGCCUUGGCUGAUUAAUAGCAGAGGGCUUGCACAGAAAGUGAGAAAUGCAUCUGUACCUGAUGAACAUGGAAUCAAAGAUUGCUGCGUAGUUACCCGUGAAUGUCCAAAUUGUCAUCACCUCAUUGAUAACAGAGAUAUUUACCCAGAGUGGCCUGGUUUUCCUGUUGGUGUAAAAUUUGAGCCAUCUGAUGUUGAGAUCUUAGAACAUUUGGCAGCGAAAUGCGGGGAAGGAAGUUCUGAACCACACAUAUUUCUGGAUGAGUUCAUCCCGACACUCCAGUACGAGGAAGGAAUUUGCUAUACUCAUCCAGAAAACCUUCCAGGGGCCAAAAAAGAUGGAAGCAGCAUCCACUUCUUUUACCGGACUAAGAAGGCAUAUGCUAUUGGGAAACGAAAGUGUAGAAAGAUUACCGACAAGAAGAGUCUGAUGAUAGAGCAUGUUCGUUGGCACAAGACAGGUAAGACCAAAGCUGUGAUGGAAAAUGGAGUUCAAAAGGGGUGCAAGAAGGUAAUGGUACUAUAUAGGAGUGCCAAGAACAGAGAAAGACCUUAUAAGACUAAUUGGGUGAUGCACCAAUACCAUCUAGGAACUGACUUGGACGAAAAAGAAGGUGGAUAUGUGGUCUGUAAGAUAUUUUAUCAACAGAAGCAGAACGAUAAGAAUGUGGACGACACUCUUCUUCUACCUAAUGCUGAAUCUGAUAUGUGGACUGCCCAGGAUAUUCCGAGGACUCCCAUGACUGCAAUCCCUAAUCCGCCUCGUGCUGGACAAACCCCUUCUUGCGAUCAGUCCGUAGCUUUGUCGCCUAUUGAGGGAGUGGAGGUGGCCAAGGAGAGACAAUAUACAUAUCCCCAAGAUUUUCAAGUCCAGUGGGAAGAGUUAGCAGCAUGUUUGGCUGCUGAUGACAAUGCCAUAGAUGGUUUCUUGACUUCUGAUGAAAUUGCCAGUUCUAAUAAUUUUAACAAUCGCCCGUCUAAUCAUGGCCAUUCUGCUAACCUCAAUAAUCAAAUUCCAGAGGGAGAUGGCAAAAACUCAACUAGUAUUUCUGAUCUUUUGAACUUGGAACUGGACAGUCCACCAGAGUUUUCUUUGCAGGAUUUGCAAUUUGGAUCUCAAGACAGUCUCUCUAGCUGGUUAAACCAGACAUUCCAUUGAGUCCUGUACUUGGAGCAAUUAAUUUAGAUUCUAACAUUGAUCAUUUGUGUGUUGUAUGGUCCCAUUUGAUAAAAUAUGCAAUUAGGAGUGCAUGUGUACAAACAUGUGUAAAACUUAUGUGUACAAGUAGC